UCAGAUGCUUCCUUUUGGACUUUCCCAUACGAUCAGCUGCCCUCUCCACAAUUAGGAAUGCCAGAUCCCACAAUCUAUCAAUCCGUUCUGCACUUCCCUUUCAUUACGGUUCGGAAACGCACCCACGAUUGUUCGAUGGUAUGCUGGCUGUUCCGCACUCUCCUUACUUCUGAGUACCGAGCGCUGCCUCUGAUCGCAGUAUUCGAAAUUUUUGAGAAUACCAACCCUUCUUCAGCUCAUGAUCGCCAUUGGCGUCAAUCCAUUCGGCAUUGUCUGAUGUCAUCAAUUGCAUUCGUUCGCGUUCUUACUCCUAAUCCUCGCAAGAAUUACCUAAUAAUGAAUGAAGCCGGUUCAUGGUGGACAGUUCACCCUGACUGCGAAGGAGCUUGCGCUGAGCAGGUGUUCCGUCCUGGUGCUGCUCAUAAAUGCCCUCCAAGCGGAGGUUCUGAAAUGAUCAGACAAAUAAGGCAUAUUAUCUCAUCCAGGCCCUCUUCUGUCUCUCUGCUAUCGUCAAAAUUUCCACUCUUUAAACCACCACGCACUGCUCCUGUUAACCCGCAUCGUGGUGACAAUCUAGUGGUCGACCACGAAGAGGAAGUGAUCGAUUUCAACCUAAGUCCUUGA